CGGAGAUGGAGGACCUGCUGGACCUCGGCGGGGAGCGGCGUCGCGGCUCGACCACCUCCGGGCCCAGGAUGGGUCGCCGAGCUCAACAGGAAUCAUCUCAAGUUGAGAAUCACCUCAGUGGAAAGAACUCUUCAAUUCUGACUGGAGAGGCUCCCCCUCCCAAGCCACCCCGCAGGCAAGGAGGCUGGGCAGAUGAUUCCAUGAAGACUUCAAAGUCAGGAAGGAGGGCUUCUGAAGAAGUAGAAGAUCACCGCCUCAGACAGCAGAGCUUCGAUGGAUCAGAUGACGGAGGAGAUAUUCCUGUUAUUCCGGAUCUGGAAGAUGUACAGGAAGAAGACUUUGCUUUGCAGGUGGCCGCCCCUCCCAGCAUCCAGGUAAACCGAGUGAUGACCUACCGCGACCUGGACAAUGACCUCAUGAAGUACGCAGCCUUUCAGACCUUGGAUGGAGAGAUUGACCUGAAGCUCCUCACCAAAGUCCUUGCACCAGAGCAUGAAGUCCGAGAAGAUGACGUCAACUGGGACUGGGACCGUCUGUACACUGAGGUGUCCUCCGAGCUCCUCAGCGAGUGGGACCUGCUACAGGCCGAGAAGGAGGAUCCAAUGGGACAGCCUGCACAUACCUGAGCCCCUGGGCCUCAACAGACAGCUCUCCCUGCACAGAGUAAUUUCUGCUUUGGACUUGAUAAAAUACCAUAAGCCUAGGACUAAAGAAGCUUGCAAACAGCUUAGAAUUUUUAUAUGGACUGUUUUGUAAUAAAAAUGCUUAUUUUCAGCAGACCACGUUGGAUCAUUCCAUUGUAAUAAAUUGCUUUAUUCUGUG